CUGGUAGUGCCACUCACAAACCUUAUCUCAGCUCACACGCACGCCUCUCUCUCUCUCCUCUUGUGCACCACCAUGUCUCGCAUCACGGAUGACCCCGAGCACUCCCCGAGGGACUGCGCCACCAAGCACCGCCACCACCACUCGGCUGGGCGCCGCCGGCUGCUGAUCGGGGCGUUGUCGGCGGCGGCCUCGCUGCUGGCCUUGGCCAUCAUACUCUGGCUCACCCUCCGCCCUUCCAGCCCGCGCUUCACGCUGCUGGCCGCCACCGCCACCGCCCCCAACGCCACCGCCGGCGGCAUCGUGCGGCUCGACGCGGCCUUCGUCGCGCACAACCCCAACGCGCGCGCCGCCGCGCUCUACGACCGGCUCCAGGCGCGCGCGUCCUACGCCGGUGUCCAGCUCGCCGCCACCGCGCCGCUCCCGCCGUUCCAGCAGGCCCAGGGCGACGCCGUGCUCACCGCCUCGCUCUCGGCGUCAUCUACGGCGGCGUCGGCAGCCGAAACCGCAGAGGCCGGGCGCACGACGCUGCUGCUGAGGCUGCGCGUCGAGGGGCAGCUCCGGUGGAAGGUGUCCGCCUGGGUGUCCGGCAGCCGCGCCCUCGCCGCCGAGUGCGUCGCUGUCGUCGUGCCGUCGCAGCUCACGGCCGUCGUCGUGCAGGGUUCCCAGUGCGCCACCACCCUCCAGUGAAUGAAUAAUAAAUCUACAUAUGUGCACAUAUGUAUGCAUCAGUCGAUAAAUUACUUUUGCAAUUAGCGCCUGUGUUUAGCUUAAUUGCACUAUUGUUCUUGUACUUAUGAGAGACAUUCUACGUCCUCUGCUUAAUUUUUUUAAAGGAGAAGAUCCACGGCACGUGCAUGUUAUGGUUGCCGCGUUUGCUAAAUCUCAGGUUCCUGAGAAA